CAUUACGGAUCCGAGCCCCCAGACUUGGUCGGAUUCACGCUCACCGAUCUGCUGGCCAUCUACCAGCAUGAUACGGUCCUCCUUGUCGAGGCCUGUUUUCGCGUACGACUGCUAGCUUGUGCUGCCUUCGCGAACCAUGGAGCUACCGGAGGGAACCCUCCAUAGCACGGCCGAUGUUCAGCCUGAUGCUAGUACUUCGCUAGGCCUAGGCGGGGGAGGGGGAGAGGAAGGAGGAGAACAGAUGAGUGGCAGCGGGAAGGUUCGAAAACGAACCAAGACCGGAUGUCUUACCUGCCGCAAACGACGAAUCAAGUGCGACGAAGGACGACCGAUUUGCAACAACUGUUUAAAGUCCAAACGUCACUGCGAAGGGUAUAACGCCAAGUACGCAUGGAAGACAGACAGCGUCGGCGCACACCCAUUGGGAGCUAGUCCCUGGGGUCCCUACGGUGCGUAUAACGUCGGCGAUCCCAUGCAGAUGAUCGCUCCCCACAUGCGCUCUGGCCCCAAUGGACGACUUCAGACGAUAGCUCCCCGGCCCAACGCCUCCAACUACCAAGCAGCCCAGUCUGAUGGCCUUGGCUAUGCCACUGCUUUGCCACAGCAGUUCUCCGAGUAUGGUCUUCCUCCUUCAGGUCUCGAUCCGCGAAUGGUGACUGCUAUUACUGCCCCGGACGGACAGAUACAGGAGCAAGGUUUUCAAGGUCCAGUCCCUGAGUACCCGGCAGAUGUAGCUCUUCAACUAUCUCUUCCAGUUGAGUCAGCUGAACAGGAACUUUUCAGUUCUUCGCAGACAGCCCCAGACUCCUCGACUGGCUCAUCGGGACCGUCUCACACUUUGCCGAAUCAUGCCGAAACUCGACAUCAACCAUCCGUCCUACCAGUCAGCGAUGAAGAUGACUCUGGAAACGAGUCGCCGAACGGAGAGCGAUGGCCUCUUCAGGUCGUGCAAUCCCAUGUACAAGCACCGAACCGCUGUCAGAUGAUCAACAGAGCAAGAUUCUACACUGAUUAUGCACAAAGUACUGCAUUGGGCGAGUACAUGAGAUCGCCACACGCAACCGAGUUGCGAGACGACGCAAAAAGACAGCUUUUCGAGCAUUUCAUGCGCAUCACUGGACCGACAAUGUCUCUAUACGAGCGGCAUGCUUUCGAUCCCCAAGAGCGCCAAUGGACAUCUCCUGAAACGGGAAACAGCAUUUGGGAAUUCACGGUUCCCUUGAUGUCCUUUCAGCAUCCAGCACUACUUCACGCUAUACUAGCCAUGGCCAGUCUGCAGAUAGCCAAGCUUCAGGCCUGCCCGCCAACAGCUGCACAUAGGCACUACCAUCUUGCACUCCGCCGCGUGGCCAAGAAUGUCACACUGGACCACAAAAGACGCCAACCAGCAAUCCUUGCGGCUAUACUGCUUCUGGCAUAUUUUGAGGUCUGGAGCUCCGAGCAUACAAAGUGGACCAGUCAUCUGUACGGAGCACGCAUGAUCUUCGCAGAGAUGCCUCUACUAGCCAUGGCAAGACGAUGCCUCCCAUUCAAACGCCAGCAACACCUUCAACAGCGGCGGAUGAUGAACUGGCUGAACACUGACCUGGAGGCUGACUUUGACCUAAACUACGACUUGCUGACCACGAUCACGGGCGCUAAAAUCACAGCAAGCCACUACAAUCUCGACCCCGAAGUUGUCGUCCUCGAUAAAGGAGUGCCGCCCACAGCAAGAGACAUAGAGACUUUCGAGACCAUCGUAGACUUAUUCUGGUGGUACUGCAAGAUGGACGUCUACCAAUGCAUGCUAAGCGGAACGAAGCUCUUCAUGGACUACCGCCACUGGACCCAGUGUUCCCCUCGAGCCCCAGCCUCCUCCAUGGCCAGCAUAUACGGCACAUAUGAUCACCUUCUUCUGCUGCUUGGACGACUAGCAGACUUUGCCUCCCGCGACAUGGCUCGGAAAAGGGCGGCUAGUCGUGCCAGAAACUCUCCUCCCACAGACACCCCUUCACCUCCCUUUUCAGGGAUGUUGCCCACGCAAGGUCCCUUCAGGGCACCGCGAGGUUUCGAUAACCCUCAAGUCGAUCCCCGCAAGGAUGCGCACGAUGUGGACGAUGCGCACGCGAGCUACAACACGGCAUUGCAAGAGUGGCAGGAUAUUUGCCAUGCUUUCGGUGCUUUCGAGAAGUACUUGGGAAGGGACUUUUGCCCACUGUCGGCGGAGUUUGCGGACAAUCGGCCAACACCGUUUGGACCAUCGAAGCAGUACCGUACGUUCUCUGUUGCUGGCAUCUGGAUGAACUACAAUAUGGGCAUGAUCCACCUAUACCGCGGCCACCCAGACAUGCCACCUACUGCGCUUCAAUCUGUCGGUUUGGCGGCGAAGCAGACGGGCUACUAUGCGCAGGAGAUUGGACGCAUCGCAGCAGGCCUCUCGGGAGAAAGCUCGACCAUGGACAAACUCCACAACGCUUUAGCAGCUGCCUACAUUGAGAGCGCAUUCUGUCUCUUCUACGCGGCUGUACAGUAUCAAGAUGCACAGCAACGACGAUGGGUCGUCAAGAGAAUGCACGAAAUCACCCGCUUGACAGGCUGGCAGUCGGCACGCCAGAUUGCAAAUGGCUGCGAGUCUGGCUGGAUUAAGGCGGCGGAGCUGGGGCGCGGGCCUCCGUACACAAGAUUGACGCCAGAGGACCAGCCGCCAGAGUCAGUAUGGGUAUCUGCGAGACGUCUUGACCGCAGACUCCAAGAGUUGCGCGAUAGCUCCUUGGCGGAGGGAACAGGCGCCGGGAAUAUUGCUCUGCCCAUGACGGAGAGGGCGCACUAUGCCGUGGGGUUACUUGGAAUAGAGUCUGACUUUAACCAUCUUGAGCUGACGGAUGACGUGUUCCACGGCAGCCGGUAGUCGCCAUGGGCAUGGGAAUAUUGUCGAUGCAGAGUAGCAUCUUUGGAUAGAAUGGAUAGACUGGCAAUUAGUUGAAAGUUUCAUCUCGCCGCCAGCGCGGCCUUGUGAGGGGCGUUCUCUCUCAUUCAAGGUCAUCAUCAUUAAGGUUACAUUGUAAGUAAGUGUGGCCUCCAUUGCGACCGCGGACGAGAUACGCAAGGCGUCUAGUGCAACGGCACGUUCUGACCGUGAUCUUGUCCAUUUGAUGAUUGACCUCAAUUGGCGGGUAGCCGCUCCACAACCUCAGCCAUCUCCUCGUCUGUGUAUAUCCUGAAGCCCUUGUCCUUGGUGACGCUUGCCAACUGCACGUUUUUGUGGUCGAGCUUUUCCUCCAUGACCUGCUUCAGGGUUUUGAGGACCAGGGUCUCAGCAUCCUCGAGAGUAAGGGACUGUUCUCGCGUCAGCAUU